GAGGGCUGCAUUGGAUGUGUGGGGUGUGGCUCCCAGCGAGGGGCGGAGCUGGAGAUGGCGUCCAUGGUGGCUCGCCGGCUGGCCUGUGUAUCAGUCCGACCCGGGGCUCUCUGGAGCGGGCCGAGGGGGAGGAGAGGUGGCGAUGUCUACACUGUACCAGGCUGCUCAGGUCUCAGCCAGGUACCGUCGAGGUCAGUCAUCGUCACUCGCAGCGGCGCCAUUUUGCCCAAGCCGGUGAAAAUGUCCUUUGGUCUUCUCCGUGUGUUCUCCAUUGUGAUCCCCUUUCUCUAUGUUGGGACACUCAUCAGCAAGAACUUUGCUGCUCUACUUGAGGAGCAUGACAUUUUUGUCCCAGAGGAUGAUGAUGACGAUGAUUAACAGGGCCCAGGGAGAACAGGAGAAAGCACCAAUGAAAUGGCGGCACGUUCAGCUCCCUUCCUGCUGGCAGAAGGGUCAAGGAAAGCCCUCAGCCUCACCUCCUCAUGGUUUGUGACAACAGCUCGGAAUCCUGUGCUUCUGGAGGUUUCCUCAAGGCUGUCUACAGAGCACUGAAAACAACAAGCAAGCCAAUUCUGAGUAUAUAAUAAAUGAGUCAUGUAUGAUGAAA